UCAAGAUAAUAUAAAUUGUAUAGUGAUGGUAGGUUUAUUGGAUUCUUUUCUUAUUCCAUCCUAGAGAUUAAAAUUAUUUUUUGUUGCGAUUUGUUUUGCUUCUCUCUGCUGAAGGUGGGGUAGAGGAAGAUAAGGAUGGAUGAUUAUGGGAGUAAGUUGAAGUAUACCCAGAAUGAGAAUGUGUUUGAAGUGGAAGAAAUCUUCACCAACAUUCUCUUGAGGCUUCCUGUUAAAUCCCUCUUGAUAUGCAAGUCCGUUUGUAAAUAUUGGUGGAGUUUAAUUUGCAGUCGUAGUUUCAUGAAUUUGCAUCUAAUCCAAUCUCAAGAAAAUCCCACUUAUGUUUUCCAUCGUUAUACCCUCCGAGGCGGCAACAUACAUUUGUUGACCAAAGCUGAUGGAGAAACCACUGAAAGUUUUCUUCCUGGAUGUCCUGGGUUUUACUCUAAAGGUAUGAUCUGUUCCUUUAAUGGUUUGAUCUGUUGCAUUGACAUCCAAACCCAUUUCUUACGUAAAUGGAUUCAACGUAGAACCCCGGACACACAUAUCUACAACCCUGUCAUCGGAAAAGGCCUUAGACGUAGUACCUUGGACAUACUGGUCUGCAACCCUGCCACCCAACAAGUCCUGUUACUCCCACCAACCCCCGAAUCAAAAUAUCCAGGUGCGGUUGGUGUUUCUUUUGGCCCUACGAUCAAUGAAUAUAAGGUAUUUCAGUUUUUCUACAGAGAAAUGCAUCUUUAUGAAUGUUGGGUAUAUUCUUCCAUCACUGGAUCAUGGAAAUCCAUUGGUACUAUUGCACACUGUCCCUCUGGUUCUUGCAACCAUGUAUGUAUUAAUGGAAUAGUGUAUUGGUUCAGUAUAUCAAUAAUAGACGGACGACUAGUUGGUCACAUCCUUGCGGUUGAUAGGGAGGAAAAAUUUAGCAUAAUUAGGAUUCCGGAGGAAGAAACUCUAAACCCUUUCUUGGUCAAUCUUGAAGGUUGUCUGUGUCUAGUGACUCUACAUAAACUUGAUCAAAAUAGAUUUGACAUAUGGGCUUUACAAGACAGCAAAGAGUCUGUUUGGAUCAAGAAAUGGAAUGAUUAUAUACCCACUACUUUUGAUAGUGAACCAGUUAGAUCUGUAGCUGUGCGAAAGAAUGAAAUUCUUUUUGCAAAUUCCAAACUUUAUGUUUUCUAUAACAUGGGGACCAGAUCUUGGAGAAACUUCAACCGGGAUCCAAAACAUGAUUCGGAAGAGCUGUUUUCUUUACCAAUGGCAUACACAGAGAGUCUCCUCCCUUGCAAUGGACGCAUCGAUUCUUAAAUCAAGGACAUCAAUCUAUUUCACUCUCAUGGCCUUCAUGUGCUCAAUCCUUGCUGCUAUUAUUAUCAUCAUCUCGGCAGAUCAGGAGAACAACGCCAUAUAAUACUAAUUGCCUAGGACACCUACAGAUUAUAAGCAUUUUUCUUUGAUUUGUCACCAUGUUAAUUUCUGACUGCUCAAGAGGUGGCUCCAAUAUUUUUUUGACUUGCUUUGAGACCAGUCUUUUCUGCAUGGUUUGCUAUUGCUAGAUGAAAUAUUUGGUUAGAGAACAUCGCUCGCCCUACUCUAAAAGCUAUAAAAAGGCUGAUUAGGGUAUAAGCUUUCUCACAUC